UCAUAUACAUAGCAAAAGAGCAUGCAGUGCCAAAGCACAAGGUCAAGAUUCAUUAGAUGUUUAUUCAUUUUUUAAUGCAGAUGAAACACAUUCACAUUUAGUUUCUAUUUUUAAUAGCAAGGAUGAUUAA